CAGCAAUGCCAGCAUACAAUUCUUCGGAUCGACGUCCCCAUCACAGGUCGUCGCGAGACCAUGGUGACUACCGACAGAGAGAUAAUCGAGACAGUCGAAAUAGUCGACGUGAUCGGUAUGACAGCCCAGAAAGAUAUUCUCGAAACGACAGAGAUUCAUACAGCUCUCACUCGAAGCCUGCUGCGGUCGACAAUUCGAAAGCAAAGAUAACUGAAGACGUAAAUAUGACAACGGAGGAUGCUCAACCAAAGGAGAAGAAAGUUCCCAUUUCCUUAGAAGAACUCCUUGCAAAGAAAGAAGAAGAGAAAAGAGCUGCUAAUAGACCAACUUUUCUGACGAAAGAAGAACGAGCAAAAUUGGCAUUGGAACGUAGACAAAAAGAGGUGGAAGAACAACGAGCGCGAAGAAUGCGUGAUGCGCAGGACAAGAUGGAAUUUGAUCAAAAAGCAGAAGAUGAAGCUCGUCGCAUGGACGAUGAAUCGAGAUAUGGUGGAGGUCGAUCGGAUCGCAGGUGGGGCCGUGAUGAUCGAGACCGCGGUGACCGUGGAGAUCGUGGACGACGUAGAGACAACCGUAGACGUGAGCGAAGUCCAAGUCCUGAGGAAUUGGAAAUACCAGAAGGCCUGACUGAGAAAGAAAUAGAAGCUGUCAAGGCACGAUAUAUGGGUGAAGAGCGAAAGAAGCGAAAAAUCAGAAGAAUGAACGAAAAGAAGUUUGUCUUCGACUGGGAUGCCGGUGAAGAUACCUCUCAAGACUUCAACCCUCUUUAUGCUAAGCGACAUACUGUCCAAAUGUUUGGCAGAGGUCAUAUGGCGGGUAUAGAUGAAAAGGAACAAAAGAAGCAGCGUUCAGGAUUUUAUGACAAACUCCUCGAUAACCGCCGUACGGAAGAAGAGAGAGGAAGAGCAAGUGAACUGAUUGAUAUGGAUAAGAAGAGGGAAGAAAAACUCAAAUGGGAUGAUCGCCAUUGGUCAGACAAGCCAUUGACACAGAUGAAAGAAAGAGAUUGGCGUAUCUUCAAGGAAGAUUUCAAUAUUUCCUGCAAAGGAGGAGGUAUACCCAAUCCCAUUCGAUCAUGGCCAGAAUCAGGCUUACCGGAAAAGAUCUUGGCCGUCAUCGACCAGGUUGGAUACAAAGAUCCCACUCCAAUUCAGCGUCAAACAAUUCCCAUUGGGCUUCAGAACAGAGAUAUUAUUGGUAUUGCUGAGACAGGUUCCGGUAAAACGGCUUCCUUCGUCAUCCCAAUGCUUGUCUACAUUAACGACCUACCCAGGCUUGACGAAUCCAACAUGGCAGAUGGUCCAUAUUCACUGAUCUUAGCACCAACUCGUGAACUAGCGCAACAAAUUGAACAGGAAGCCCUCAAGUUUGCUACGCCGCUUGGAUACAACUGUGUUUCUAUCGUUGGUGGUCACGCCAUCGAAGAACAAGCGUUCAAUUUACGUAACGGUGCAGAGAUUAUCAUUGCCACACCAGGUCGAUUGAGAGAUUGUUUGGAACGACGAAUUCUUGUUCUCAAUCAAUGUACAUAUGUGGUUAUGGAUGAAGCUGAUCGCAUGAUUGAUAUGGGUUUCGAAGCCGAUGUCAAUUUCAUUCUCGACGCUCUUCCAGUUUCCAAUGUCAAGCCAGAUUCUGUAGAGGCGGAAGACGGUGAUGCCAUGCAAGUCUCCCUUGAGGAUGGUCAUAAAUAUAGACAAACUACUAUGUUUUCAGCCACCAUGCCGACAGCUGUCGAACGACUUGCCAAGAAAUACUUACGCCGUCCGGCUGUUGUUACCAUUGGUACUGCUGGUCAAGCUGUCGAAACUGUGGAACAGAAGGUCGAAAUGGUCAAUGGAGAUGAGAAGAAAAAGAAUCGACUCUUGGAGCUUCUCAAUUCUGGCAGCUACCCUGCCCCCGUCAUUGUGUUUGUCAACCAAAAGAAAAAUGUUGACCUUUUGGCAAGAACCAUCAACAAAUCUGGUUAUCACGCUGUUACGUUGCAUGGUAGCAAAUCACAAGAGCAAAGAGAACUGGCUCUUGCGCAGCUCAAGGAAGGAAAUGCGGAUGUGUUGGUAGCCACUGACGUGGCUGGUAGAGGUAUCGAUGUCAAGAACGUUUCACUGGUCGUCAAUUAUGAUAUGGCCAAAAACAUCGAGGAUUAUACCCAUCGUAUUGGUCGUACGGGUCGUGCUGGUCAAUCUGGUACUGCCAUUACGUUCUUGACCAACAAUGACACAGAUGUUAUGUACGACUUGAAGCAAAUGCUCUCUAAAUCCACCAUAUCCAAGGUUCCUCCGGAAUUGGCAAAUCAUGAAGCAGCACAGAACAAGCCAGGAGGAUUUAGACCUAGGAAGAAGCAUGAGGAGACUAUCUUUCAAUAAGGUGGCGUAGUUCAGACGAACAGAUCAGAUAUUAUGUGUUUCUAUUUCUGAAAAAAUGGCGAAGAAACCAUUAAGAUGCACACUGUCAUAAGCUAAUAAAUCAUAUUGAGCGCAAGCUGUUCUCAUUGUACUAUUCGUUGUCCAGCGCACGCCAAUCCAAUAUCUC